AUUGUUGUGCUGCUACGGCGUACGUGAACGCGGACUGUGAAACACAACGUUCAGUUCUCAGUGAAGUUCCCAGCUCCACGUAAAAGUCAACGGAAACACUCCCGUCGGCAGCAGCAGCGGCAGCCAUUGCUGAGGUCCUUCAUCAAAAUGCGCACACACACAAAAGUAAAUGUAUAUGAAAAGAAAGUGUCAUAAAUCAAGCGAUUAUCCUGUAAACAAAGUGUAAAACGCGCCCCAGCAAACAACAACAACAACCUUUAAUAAAAACAGAACCAGAAACCCAACAAGGAGUUUUUCUUAAUAAAACCCGAUUUGUAUUACGUUAAAAGCCAGCGCGGAUAACAACAACAACAACAACCGUCACAGCAACAACAACAAGAACAACAACAACAGCAAAGGCGUGCUUUUUAUUACUUGAGCAUUUAAUUUUGCUGAGUUGCUGUUGGACAUUUCAUCUGAAGCCCAACAAGGUUUCGGGUCCAGCUACAACUACAUUGUUUGGCAUUUUCGGAGAGUCCCAGCAAAAAACAAGGCACUACAUUGGAUUGGGUUUUAAACACAUUAUAUAAUGCUUGCGACAGUGAGAUGACGCCAGUGCAAGUGAGAACGAUACGUUAGGCGGCGUUGACUAUGGGACCAGAGGCAUGGGCGUGUGUGCGGACCCUGGGUCUUAUCGAUGGUGUCAGGCAUUAAGCCGGUCGCGUUCGUCGUGCGCCACAAACACAAACCAAUCAACGAGAAAGCAGACUCAACAACAAUCAGACACAAUCAGCGAAAGUACCAGAGCCGAGUCAACAACUGUAGCAUCGAUAUUCAGAAGAGCUACGACGACGCCGACUACGACGACGAUAAUUGCAACCGCUUCGACUCCAAAUCAAACGCCGUUGAAAACGGCUGCGUUCACAGUGAAAACAACGAGAAGAAGAAGAGACCAGGACGAGGACGACGACGUCGAAGAGGACGUCGACGGCUGUGCUAGCACUCCGACCAAGACUUGCCGAUCAAUACAGCCUCUGAAAGUAGUGCUCAUCUGUCUACUUGCCUUCUUGGCACAACAUGCACAAGCUCACAAUAUACCAGAAGAUGCUGUGCACAUCACGGCCAUACUGGGGGAGGGCGUUGUCUUCAACUGCCACGUUGAGUUCCCCAACGAUCAUCCGGUGCCAUAUGUCCUGCAGUGGGACAAGAAGGUGAGCGAAACGGGCUCCGAUCUGCCCAUAUACAUAUGGUAUGAGAGUUACCCGGAACACAUCGAAGAGGGGUACAAGGGACGCGUGUCACGCGUGUCGCAGGACUCGCCGUUCGGCUCUGCAUCGCUCAACCUGACCAGCAUUCGGGAGUCGGAUCAGGGCUGGUACGAGUGCAAGGUCGUAUUCCUGAACCGCGAUCCCAAGCAGCAUAAGAAUGGUACAUGGUUCCACUUAGAUGUACAUGCACCGCCACGCUUUAGUGUUACACCAGAGGAUAUUAUAUAUGUUAAUUUAGGUGAUUCAAUUAUACUAAAUUGCCAGGCCGAUGGCACUCCAACUCCAGAAAUCCUUUGGUACAAGGAUGCGAAUCCCGUUGAUCCCUCGCCCACGGUUGGCAUCUUCAACGAUGGCACCGAACUACGGAUCUCCACAAUACGCCACGAGGACAUCGGAGAAUACACUUGCAUUGCACGCAAUGGUGAGGGACAAGUCUCCCAUACGGCCCGCGUUAUAAUUGCGGGCGGCGCUGUAAUAAUGGAUAAAGCGGCACAUGCUAAAAAUUUGCAUACAAAAUCCAAAUUGAAUGACGUCAAUGAAAAAUUUACCAUAAGAGUGCCGCCCACCAAUCAAACGAAACUCGAGGGCGAAAAAGUGAUAUUCUCCUGCGAGGCUAAGGCCAUGCCCGGCAAUGUGACGGUGCGUUGGUUCCGUGAGGGAUCUCCAGUGCGAGAGGUGGCCUCAUUGGAGACACGCGUCACAAUUCGGAAGGACGGCUCGCUGAUCAUCAAUCCCAUCAGCGCGGACGAUUCGGGGCAGUAUUUGUGCGAGGUGACCAACGGCAUCGGAGAUCCACAGAGUGCUUCAGCCUAUCUUAGUGUUGAAUAUCCUGCCAAAGUGACCUUCACGCCAACCGUGCAAUAUCUGCCUUUUCGUUUAGCCGGCGUCGUUCAGUGUUAUAUUAAAUCGAAUCCGCAGCUGCUGUACGUUACAUGGACGAAGGACAAGCGCUUGCUGGAGCCGUAUCAAAUGAAGGACAUUGUAGUAAUGGCCAACGGCUCGCUGCUAUUCACGCGCGUUAACGAGGACCACCAAGGACGGUACUCGUGCACACCCUACAACGUUCAAGGCACACAGGGUGACUCGGGCACGAUGGAAGUGCUGGUACGCAAGCCUCCAGCAUUUACCGUCGAGCCGGAAACGCUCUACCAACGCAAGGUGGGCGACAGCGUCGAAAUGCACUGCGACGCGGUCGAAGCGGAGGGCACCGAACGACCGACCAUCAAAUGGCAAAGGCAAGAGGGCGAACAGCUGUCGGACUCUCAGCGCAAUCGAGUGAAGAUUUCGGGUGGCAACAUAACCAUUGAUAAUUUGCGACGCGAGGAUUUCGGGUAUUACCAGUGCGUGGUCUCCAACGAGGUGGCCACGCUGAUGGCCGUCACGCAGCUGGUCAUCGAGGGCACUCAGCCACACGCGCCCUACAAUAUUACGGGUAAGGCCACCGAGUCUUCUAUAACGCUGCAAUGGUUGCCUGGGUAUAGCGGAGGGUCCGAGUACAAGCAGGACUACACGAUUUGGUAUCGCGAGGCAGGCGUCAAUGACUGGCAGACGAUAUCCGUAACCCCAUCUGGCAGUACACAGGUGACCAUUAAUGGCUUAGCCUCCGGCACCAGCUAUGAAUUUCAGGUGGUCGGACGCAAUGUUCUCGGCGAUGGGAUGAUGAGCAAAGUGAUGACAGUGCGAACCCUGGGCAAAAAUUCAAAUUCAAUAGAAGACGCUCCGGCAGCGCCACGUAAUGUCAAGGCUGCAACACAACCGCCCGAUCACUUAUUUCAGCCAAUGCCAGAUGAAGCUGGCCCCAAACCUGGACCGCCACGCAACGUGUCCGUGACGGAAAUUUCGAAUGGUUUUCUUAUCACGUGGCAGUCGCCGUUGGAGCGCGCACAUAUUGUCAAGUUCUAUACCAUUAAAUAUCGCACGGAUGCGGAAUGGAAGACGUUGAAUCGCGGCCAAAUACGGCCAGAGGAGACGCAAUAUCUAGUGAAGAACUUGGUUGGCGGUCGCACCUACUAUUUCCGUGUGCUGGCCAACUCGGAAAAGUCGUACGAGUCGAGCGAUGAGGUGAAAUUCCCAGUGCCGGCGCGUGUCAAGCAUAAAGCUAUAACAGCCGGCGUCGUUGGGGGCAUCCUGUUUUUUAUUGUUGCGAUCAUUUUAUCGGUUUGUGCCGUAAAAAUUUGCAAUAAACGUAAACGACGAAAACAGGAAAAAGAGUUCAACAUGGUAGCUUGCAGGAUAACAGAUGCUCGUAACAUUGCAGCCAAUAAUCAUCAUUUGCACAACCGCAGUACGGGCUCAAUAUCCUCUGGUCAAGUGCCUUUAAAAAAGUACAAACAAACCCGAAUAUCAAGUCUAACUGCAAUACUUAUUGCCAUAUUGCACUGGAUUUGGCCACCCGAUCGCUGCACCAACUGCCACUCCAUCUACAGUUCACCCAAUAUCCACGAAGAUGCCGUGCAGGACGAAGGAAAGAGGCGAUCCGCACAGCUCGGCUACGACAACAGCAUUGAGAACUGCAUCGAUGUGGUCGAUGGCGCUCUCUUCGAGCGUCGCAAUAGCAACGUCUCCCAAAAGUCGUCCAGCGAUGAUGGGGGCUUCCUUUCGCGUCGCAACUUCAUCACAGCGCGCGCCUCGUGGCGUCGUCCACUGGUCGCAUCAUCCAGCCAGGUCAGCUUGCAGUCUGCAGCGGACUCCGCAAGGGGUUUCCUUCACGGCUUGGGCGGCCUGCUCAAAAUUGGUGGCGCUGUUAAGCAGCAGCACCUCGAGGAUGCUGUCACUGGUGCGAGAUAUCAAAACGUGCACAACAUCUACAGGAACACGGCGAGCAGUGGUCCGCUCCAUAUAAACACGAUCAGCGGCAGUCUGGGCCAGCAGCUGCUGUCGCCACAGCUCUACACACCUUCGCGUGUCUCUCGCAUCUUCUCCAGCUCGCCGGCCAGUACGCCAGGCCACAACCAUCAGCAGCACCAGCAUCAGCUCUUAUCCUACAGCGCCGCCUAUCCCUCGCAGCACACGCACUUCAGCGAUCUCAGCACUGUGUAUCCCAAUUCCGCGGAGCGUUCGUUGCCGACGUCCCACGUCAGCGGCACUGGCAAUCUGAGUCGCUAUCGCUAUCAUUCACAGGAGCUGCCGUCGCUGCGCACCAUUCAGGAGGAGACACGUCGCCAGCAGCCACAACAGUAUCAUCCGCCACAGCAUCCACUGGAGGAUCACUUCCUGCCACUGCAGUUGCCUUCGCCGCCCUCGUGGCGCAACUACUACCAGACACAGCUGCCAUAUCAGAGCUAUCGACCACGCACUCGCUGGUAUCCCCGCCACUAUUCCCGACUCUUCAGCCGCCAGCAGCACGAGCUGCUGUCGCCACUGCCGGACUUAAAUCUCUCGCUGCGUGGUACGGCCAAUGCGGCUGGCGUGGGACUGGAAGCAUCGCCCGAGUCGCGCUCCAGCUCCAGUGGGUUUGGCUCUAAGAACACGUCCAACCAUCCGGGCAGUACCAGCGAGUGGCGCCUAUUGCCGCCCUAUCGUGCGCCGCCGUCGCCACCAAAACAUUCGGCAUACUUUGGCCUAAAUAUCGCAGCCACGGGCAGCCAGCAGGCGCAAGCGCAGACACCGGUGCCGGGGCAGCUGCAACAGCAGCCGUACCACUACUCGUAUCUGCAGCCGAGCCCACCUUCGGCAGGGCUACCAACGCCACCCUACACCAUGUCGCACUGGCUGGAAAUGAUCUCACGACUGAAUGCAGCCACGGAUAACAAUCUGCCCAGGUCCUGCCAGGUGGACGUGGGCAGUGUCGAUGGCCACUACGAAUUUGACCCCGCUACGCCGACGCCAAGCGCCUCGACACCAACGGGCGGCGUAGGCCUGCUUCGCGAUGAUCUCAAUCUACACAUAGAUACACAUCACUAUCCACACCAUAAUCUUCAUCAUCAACAUCAUCAUCCCCAUGCAACGUCCUUCCAUCAGCAUCCGCACCACACACUUGGUCCAUUGAGCGGCAGCUUGUUGCACGCCUCGACUGCCGCUGGUGGUUCCGCCACCUAUGGUGGUUCCAUGGCUCGCAAGCUGCGCAGCCUGCCACGCUAUGACAAUGUGGAGGCGCGACUCCAAGCCAUGCGAGAGGAGUUCUAUGCCUAUCGCAAACGCCAGUCCAUGCAGCGCACAAGUGGCCCAGAAAUCGAGAGCGUGUGCUGACAGCUGACAGCUGACAGCGCAAAUGUGACCGCAAAGUAAACAACACACACACACCCACACGACAGAGUCUUGCACAGGUACAACUAUAGAAUAUAUCUGCACCAGUUUAAACAUAGAAUGAACAACCCGGCAGCAGCAGCAGCAGCAGCAGCAGCAGCCAUAAUAACAUGCAAUCGAAGUCAACCGCAGCAACCAUAUGAUUAGAUGAUAUCUAUCCAGCAAUAACACAGCUCACGUCGUAUGUUAUCCAUGUUAGAACCCAAGCGUCAUGCUAUGAACUACAAGUAUUUAAAGCCACGUAUAAAGGGCCCCAAAUCAACAGCAAUUAGUAGUUUUUUAUGAUAUAUAGAGCAAUCGAAGAACGGAAAAGGAAAUCGAAAUAGGAAACACAAAUAUAGGACACCAUGAGAGGAAAUAAUUUUUGUACAUACUAAAUACAUUCAAUAAUGAUAUAUACACAUUAUAAGAAGGCACGCGAGCAAAAUAUGAUAGCAACGUUUAAGUAUAAUAUUUAUGGUAACAACCUAUAGCAAUUAUGAAACACAUAUUAUAACUUAAAUCUCAAUUGAUAUUUACAUAUAUGAAUUGAAUAUUGAUUGAAUUGAACACAAUAUGCAAAAUGGAAAUAUUAUUUAUAAACAACCAACAAAUGAUGUAUUAGAUAUUUAUAUAUGGUGAGCAUAGGCGGAUACAGAUUGAUCUGUUACAACAUCAAUUACCAAUUAAACAAAUCCACAACGUAAACGUUAACGAAACGUUCAUUAUGUUACAUUAACACUAACGUAAUUAAAGCGGAAUAUAUGAUAGCGAUUAAGCCCUUAGUUGUUAGACUAAACGAUCAAACGAAAUGUUAAAAUAAAAGCGAUUAAAACUCUGCA